AUGACGACGGGCGCCGGUUCAAGCAGCGGACAGCCUGCGAAUGUGGGGUUACAGCUAUUUCCUCCGCCGCCCAAGAAGAGGAACCCAUCGAGGAAACCAAGUACUCGGAGACAUGCGGUCACCCCCCAAUCACCUCCCCAAUCUGCGGUGGAGAGACCAGAGUCUCCGGCCUCCAUAGCGGAUGGGAGACAGUCGGCCCUGGGCGGCAGACAGACUCCUCAACCACCUGCCGGUGCUGCUACCACUUCAUAUAUUACUCCGCCUUCACAAGCACAUCUUGCUGCUGAGAUUCCUCGUUCGCAUACGUCCCUUUCCGAGGCUCCUACGCUGGUCCGAAGUGGCAGCAUCUCCUCACAGAAUUCGAUUGCAAAGACCGGGCUAAAUAGCUCUCCACCACGAGAAGAGCCCGUCAUGCGGUCGAUCUUCCCAAGAUACAACCCCGAUGUGCCUCUCGAAUACCAACCAUACUUCCCCACGCAAGCAAGCCCUACACACAUCCCAAAGACCGUUAUCAAUCGAAGGCCGUACUCCCCCAGCAUCCAGCCCCGCAGCCCUCCCGGCCUUCACAGCCCCAUGAGCGUUGGCUCAUCCGCAGGACAUUUCCCCCAAGGAGUGCAGGAUGAGACCAUCCUCGAGCCUUCCAGCACCGAUGAACUCAAAGAACUCUGGAAAGUCGCCAACGGCUGGCGGGUCUCCUCAUCAGAAGGCCGUACUUUCUGUCUAAAAAUGAACAGUGCCGCGGAAGAACCUGUCCAUACGCUCUCGUCCGCCACACAACCUUUCUAUACUCUACGCAUAAUACCGACCUCCACCUCUGCCCAACUCACCAUGACGCGGCAAGAUCCCAAUAAAUCGCCCUCGAGCACACCCCUCAUUGGGAGCACCUUAUCACGAUCCAAGGACAAGGAAAAAGACAGCGAAGUUCUCAGUACCACCCUCGAAGAAGCCGCCCGCCGUCUCCCUCCAAAUGACGGCCUGGUCGCCCUCCUCUAUCCUCGCGCCGCAUCCAGCAUGGCCCUCGACGUCGUCACAAAGCCGCACCGUGCCGAUGCGGCCUCGGUCAUCGCCGCGGCCGAGCGUGAAUGUGCACGUCUGGUCUGGGACGUUGAUAGUCAAAAGUACUAUCUCGUUCACCCCGCACUUUCCAAUCCCUUUGUGGUGUCCAUCGCCUCCUCCCCGGCCUGGUCUCGGAUAGAAUACACUCUCGAACAUCCAGAAUUACCCAGGAAUUUGGUGAGACUUGUGAGGGAUGGUUCGGGAAGCGGAUACCUGGAGGUGGAUACCAGUGCUGCGGCGAGAAUCGACGCAUUUUAUGUUGUGGAUGUAGCGAUCUGUGCGAUCAUGUUGGUGGCCGUCGAAGAAGAGAAGGGCAGAAAUAUUGAGAGAUUCGAUGCUCCACCCCCGAACGUGGAUACUCUUUCUCCUGCAUCGCCCCUCUCUCCAUUGUCUUCGCCAAGAAAAGCGAAGAAGGAGAAGAAGCGGGCGAAGGAAAAUAAGAAAGAGAAGAAAAGCCCCAAGAUGGAGGAGUUUGAAAUAGAUCUUGAGAGCCAAGGGAGUUUCAAGAAGGGCGGGAAGGAUGAUGACAAGGUACCUGGGUGCUGCGGGUUAAUCUGGAUGUUGAUUAAGUGCUUCGUGUGGAGUUUUGUGUUGGUUAUUAAGGGCGGGGUGAAAGUUCUUGGAUGGGUAGGGAAGAAGAUAUUUACAAAGUCGUGA